AUGAACGAGAAGAAGGAAAGCGAGAUGGAUAUAAAGAAGGUGAUAGAUAGAGUGAAGGAGAAGGAUAGAGUUAGAAGGGGCAGCACGGGGAGCACGGGGAGCACGGGGAGCAUGGUAACGAUAAAAGAGCUUUGGAAAAGGAAGAAAGAGAAGUUAGAUAAAAGCGUGGAGGACGAGGAUAUUUUUAUGAGGAGCAAGUUAACGGCAAGAUCUCCAAAAACAGAAGCGGAGAAAGGUGUGAGUGAUUUGAGGAAGAUAAUUGGUGCGAUGAAAGAGGACUUCAGGGCCAUGAGGGAGGAAUUUAGGAAGGGCUUCAAGGAGCAGGGAAGUAAGUUGAUAGAAGAAAUAGAGGAAUUGAGAAAAGAGUUUAGGGCGCAGGAAAAGAGAUGGAGAGAAGAGAGGGAAGAGAUGAAAAAGCAGAAGGAAAAAGUAGGGGAAAGGUUAAAAAGAUUGGAAGGAAAAAUAAGAGAGAAAGGAGGAGGAAAAGGGAAAAAUAAAAAACGGAAACGAGAAGGUGAGGGAAAGAAUGAGAGAGUUGGAAAAAAGGCUGAAAAGGAAGGAAAAAGAGGAGAGAAGAAGAAACAUAGUAAUAAGGGGUUUAGAAGUAAAGGAAGGAGGAAGGAGACAAGAAGCAAAGUUAUUGGAGGGAAUAGGAGCCAAAGAAGGCAAUAG